GUUUUGUUUUCAGAUAGAGGAGAGAGAGAGAGAGAGAGAGCGAGUAUGAACAGCAGCAUUAGAACGGGAUGCGAGACAAAAGGAACAGGGGUUUCCCUAAUGGGCUGAUGUCUGGGAUUAUUAACCGAAUACCCUUUUGACAUUUCAUUUCCUCAAGCAGAGUGAAUAAUUGAUAGUAGCCUGGUGUUUUGUUGCUUCAUCUAUCUGCUAUGAAACUGGGCAAUUUGAGGCUUCCUUUAGUUGUUUGUAGGUAUAAAGAAAAAUAACCAAUCCUGUGUCAGUUUAUGAAAUAUUUCCGCUGCCAAGUAGGCAACUAGUUGCGACAGGUGCGCACUGAGCGAGACCAGGAUGGGCAGGCGGGAAAUUCGCAGAGAACACCGCAGCAGCAGUAGCGUGAUGAGCACUGAAGACCGGUCAGAACGGAGGGAGAACAUGCAGGACACGGCAGAUACCGAAACCGGCGAUGAUGGCUCCGAGACCUCAAGUCUGGACAGCCGUCGUCUCCUCAGCGGGGACAAGCGUCCCAGCCACACCGGGGAAAGUGGCUCUAUGCCCGGCCCAGUGGAAGUGAAGAAGCACCAACAUAAACACAAUUUAAAACACCGCUACGAGGUAAUGGAGACGCUGGGAAAAGGCACCUACGGGAAAGUGAAGAGGGCGGUGGAGAGAACGACUAGGAAGACAGUUGCCAUCAAGUCGAUUCGUAAGGAGAGCAUCACUGAUGAUCUGGACAGAGUUCAUAUCCAGAGAGAGAUAGAAAUCACCUCGGCCCUCAAACACCCCUACAUCAUACGCUUCCACGAGGUGUUUGAGAGUCGUGAUAAGAUAGUGAUAGUGAUGGAGUACGCCAGCAGAGGGGAGUUGUAUGACUACGUCCAUGAGAGGAGGAGACUGGUGGAGACAGAGGCCAGAGACAUCUUCAGACAAAUCACCUCCGCCGUGCACUACUGCCACACGAAUGGUGUGGUCCAUCGAGAUCUGAAGCUGGAGAACAUUCUACUAGACCAGGACCUGAACGUCAAGCUGGCUGACUUUGGCCUGUCCAACCACUUUAAGAAUGACAAUUUGCUCCAGACGUACUGUGGGAGUCCUCUCUACGCCUCCCCAGAGAUAGUCAAGGGACUGCCCUAUCACGGCCCAGAGGUGGACUGCUGGGCUAUGGGAGUCUUGCUGUAUGCGCUGGUGUACGGCAGUAUGCCGUUUGACGGGGCCAGCUACAGAGCGCUCACAGAACAGAUCAGCCAGGGACGCUACCGCAGACCAAAUCCUCCCUCAGAUGCCUGUGCCCUGAUUGACUGGCUGCUGACGGUGCGUGUAGAGGAGAGGGCCACGGUGGAGGACAUAGCCAACCACUGGUGGGUCAACUGGGGCUAUGAGGACAGUGUAUGUGACUGCCUCUCAUCCCCCCACCAGGACUGCCCCUCCCCGCUGCUCGCCCGCUACAUCGACUGGCAGAACCGGGUUGCCACGGCAACCAGUUGCCCGAGCUCUGACCCUUCCGCUCACCCUCACCCGUUCUACUUCAGCUUCCCCCUGAAGGGUGAUCGCGGGGGAGGGGGGAGGUCGAGGGGGGAGAGGUCAAGUUUAAGGAAGUCGCGUAAGGAGAACGCUAUCCCCCAGAAUGCACUGGGAGCAUGUAGUCCAGUUUGUACUACAACUGCCAUCAACACCACCAUCACUGCCGCCUUCAUUUCCUCUUCCUCCAUAGGCCAGGUCGAGAGGAAGAAACCAAAGGGGAUUCUGAAACCCCAGCGGAGCUUUGAUUCAACCUUCCUGCCCCCUCCUAGGAUGAUGGGGGAGAACUCCUCCUCCCAGCCCUGCAACCUGCCUCCCCAGCCCCACAGAGCUCACAGACACACUCACUCACACAGUGAUGGUCUGUCCACAAGCCUGCCUGCCCCCUCUAUGUUCUCCCAUUCCUCCUCCAAGAUGCCCAAGAAGGGGAUCCUAAAGAACCUGUACGGUGGUGAGUCAGGGUACUGCUCAUCCCCAGAGAGAGGUAUGUCUGGAGCGGGCACAGGAGUAGGAGGUAGAGGGGUUGAUGGAGAUAUGUGCUGCUCUUACGAGCCCCACUCCCGCUCCCCCAGCUCAGAGGACAGUCCAACGAUGCRGACGGAAGCAGUGAGAAGGAGGAAAGGCAUUCUAAAGCGCAACGGCAAGUUCUCACACAGCCUGGACCUCCCUGAUGCCCUUCAUCCCUCCUUAUCCUCAGCUCUGCCCCAUUUCCCUGAGGCCCUGCACCAGCUCCAUCAGGCCUCCGGGGGCAGCAGACCCCCCAGCGUGGUAAGUGAGGACAGCCUCCUCUCCUCCGAUUCUUUUGACCUGCUGGACCUCAGCGCCCAAUCACGCCGCAGGAUCUUCUCCCGGGGCACCCAACGCAGUGCUUGCAGCUCAGAGGAGGAACUCGAGGACCCGGUAGCAAGGGCGGCAGACGGGAUUGGAUUAGGAAGAGGGCAGGGCAGAGAGGAGGAAGACAGGUGAUGUCAUUGGAGGAGAGACAGGAGAUGCUAAGAUAAGACAAAGGUUGCGUUCCCCUGCUCAAACAAUGGUUGCGUGCCACGUCAUCGACUGUCCUGUCGGGCACCAGAUUGCUAUAACAUAUGAUGUGGGUAGCUGAUACAUAAAAUACCUCUCCAGGUGUUGUAAGAUCUGGCAUGCGUCAUUAAUGCCUGGGUAGAGCAAUGUGCCCACAAUAUGAUAAGCCCAAGAGAUGACUGGACGCUUGUAAUAUCAGUUACUGGUGCUGUCUGAUAGGCCCAAAUUACUGACUGACUUUGUCUUUGCUAACCAAAUGACAAAUAACAAUAAAGAAUUUGGCGGAAGCACCUAGUCAUACAACCUGCAGUGAUCGUAUGUUGAAGGAAAGUCAUCAAGAAAUUGUUCAUUUCAUCAAGAUCAGUUACUGAUUGGAAUGGAUUGAGACUGCUGUCCUAGUGAUGGGAUAAAACACCUUUGGACUCUUUAACUGUGUGAAUGAAGCCAUCACUGACUUAAAGGACUCCUCUGUGAACUAACUCAACACUGUACAGGAGACCACAUGGCAUUCCCAAUCUGGCCCUCAUACCAUCAYGCCCAUCUAAUCAUCCCCUACUUCCAGCUGGAUCAUUCAUCCCACCUUCUCUCCCCUGUAACUAUUCCCCAGGUCGUUGUUGUAAAUGAGAAUGUGUUUUCAGUCAACUUACCUGGUAAGAUAAGUGUUAAAUAAAAAUAAAAUGUCUAUGGACUCCUGUGGACAYGAAGCUAAUGUGCAAUUAUAAGACAUAGUUAAAAUUGUUCUUGAAUUCAAGCAUGCUGUUUGCAGCAUCAGACUUGAGUUGUUUGAUUCCUGCAUGGGCCAAAUAUACUGUAUAAUAUACAGAUUUGAUGUGUUAAUUCUAAGUCACUUUGGAUAAAACAAUUAUCUAAAUGUCUGUACAGUGUAUGUCUUUGACUGGGGUGAAACCAACUUGUGUAAACGUGGAUGUGUUAUAUCUGUGACACAGGACAUGUAAUAUUACUCUUAUUUCAAAUGUUUCAUCUGAUUUUACCGACAGCAUGAGCCUUCAUAUAUAUAUAUAUAUAUAUAUUAUCUCUGAGGUCACAAGUGGCUGACUGAUGUCAUUUCACCAUGGAAUGUGAUCUUAUGGUCAAACGGACUGGAAGAUUGAAUGAGACUUUGAGGAUUUUAAAUCUGGGAUCUGUGCGCUGGAAAAGUGUAAGGGUAUGUGAUUACAUUUGACUGGGAGGCAAGUUACAGUAAUAAAGUAUUAUUGCUUUGGUUUUUGGAUUGGUUCAACCGUUUUGGUACUGUGAAAGAAAGAAUAAAUACAUGGAAUGAUGAAAAUGAA